UUCUAAAAAAAACUUAAAAAAAAAAAACUCAUUCAAUUUUAUAUAUAUGAAUUAAACCACACAUUCAACACAGUCAUUCAUUCAUACUCGGAAAAAAAUAGUCCAGGAUGGUGGUCUCCUCUCCUUCUCAAAUGGGUUCUUCUCUCUUUGUCUUCUCCCUCCUUCUUGUUUUGGCUUCUGGGUUUCACAAAAGCCCCCCUCUUGUACUCUUUGAUGAAGGCUAUACACAUUUGUUCGGAAAUGAUAAUCUUGUUGUUCAUAAAGAUGGAAAAUCUGUUCAUUUAACUUUAGAUGAAUCCACAGGUUCUGGAUUUGUGUCACAGGAUCUUUAUCUUCAUGGGUUCUUCAGUACUUCAAUUAAAUUGCCAUCAGAUUAUACUGCUGGAAUUGUUGUUGCUUUCUAUAUGUCAAAUGGCGACAUAUUUGAGAAGAACCAUGAUGAGAUAGACUUUGAGUUCUUGGGUAACAUAAGAGGCAAAGAUUGGAGAAUUCAAACAAAUAUUUAUGGCAAUGGAAGCACCAGUGUAGGCAGAGAAGAAAGAUACAAUCUUUGGUUUGAUCCUUCCGAUGAUUUCCAUCAUUAUAGUAUUCUCUGGACCGAUUCUCAGAUCAUAUUUUAUGUAGACAAUAUUCCCAUUAGAGAAGUUAAGAGAACAGAAUCAAUGGGAGGGGAUUUUCCUUCUAAGCCAAUGUCUUUGUAUGCAACAAUUUGGGAUGGGUCUGAUUGGGCUACCAAUGGUGGCAAAUAUAGAGUGAAUUACAAAUACGCCCCUUAUGUCACGGAGUUCUCCAACUUCAUCCUCCAUGGCUGUACAGUCGACCCCAUUGAACAAACAUCAUCAAGGUGCGAUACUACCCAAGACUCAAUCCCUACUGGUGUUACCCCAUCGCAAAGAAUUAAAAUGGACAACUUUAGGAGGAAACAUAUGACGUAUUCCUAUUGCUAUGACCAAAUUCGAUACAAAGUUUCUCCUUCCGAGUGUGUGAUUAAUCCCCUUGAAGCUGAACGCCUCAAAGCUUAUGAUCCGGUUACAUUUGGAAGCGGUCGACGCCGCCACGGCAAACACCACCAUCGAAGCCACGCUAGCCGGUCCUCAGCUGAUGCCAUUUGACAAAAGCUGGUACAAAAUUUAUAUUUAUGAUAUGGUCAUAUUAUGGUCUCCUUUGAGUUUGAUUUAGUUGGGAUAAAGUUAUUUUUGUGUAUAGACAGGGAGAUAGAAGGCACAGAAGGGAUUUUAUUGAGGGUGAUAAGAGAGUUUUCUUUAAUUUCUAUGGUUGAUGGAUGGUGGUGGUGGGGGUAUGUUGUAUAGUUCAUACGUUUUGAUUUUAUCAUUUGAUGAUGUUGGUAUUUUUUUUUUUUUGUUUUAAUUUGAAAGUUAUUGAAUUCUGUGAUAAUUUUCUGUACUCUUAUGAACACCCUCAUGGGUUGAAUAAAUAUAUAUAAUUAGCAUAUGGGAGUUAGUUUUUAGAAA